AUGGAAGUCACAAGUCCAAAGUCUGUUCAUUUAGAUGGCCAUGAUAAUAGUUUUACGUGUGAGAUUUGUGCUUAUGAUAAGUCUGCAAGUGAAAUGUUCAAAAUUAUGGGUUGCACUCAUUCUUAUUGCAAACAAUGCAUGGCUAAUUACAUAGCCAAAAAACUCCAAGAAAACAUUUCUCAAAUUUCAUGUCCCGUUUCGGGGUGUAACAGGUUAUUAGAGCCAUAUUAUUGUCGUUCAAUUUUGCCUAAUGAUGUGUUUGAUAAGUGGGGUGACGCAUUAUGUGAGUCGAUGAUUUUGGAGUCUGAGAAAUUUUAUUGCCCGUUUAAGGAUUGUUCUGCACUUUUGAUUGAUGAAUCUAAGGGUGAAAUUUGGGUUACUAUUACUCAAUGUGAAUGCCCAGAAUGUAAAAGGUUAUUUUGUGCUAAGUGUAAAGUUCCUUGGCAUUCAGAAAUUUUGUGUGAAGAAUUUGAAAAAUUGAACAAAGAUGAAAGGGAAAGAGAAGAUAUACAACUAAUGCAACUUGCUAAGAGUAAAGAAUGGCAAAGAUGUCCAAAUUGUAGGAUUUAUGUUGGAAGGUCUCAAGGUUGUGCCCAAAUGAAAUGCAGGUGUGGAUGUGAUUUUUGUUACAAAUGUGGAGCUCACUCAACUGAUCAUUACUGCAGUAACUGUGGUACUUAAAAGACAUUUGCUUAAACUUAAAGGUCUCUUUUUUUCUUAUUCAUUUUUUUGCUGU